AGAAUUUUAAUAGUUUCUGUAAUCAAAACAAAUAAUAUCAUUUAUUCGAAACCUGUCAAAAUCAAUAUUAGGCGUCUGUUACUUUUAUAUAAUAACUUGUAAAAUCCUAUUAAUUUCAAAUGCCUUCUACAACCGAUUCCGACUCUGGACCUGAUGAUAUAGAACCUGUUAAAAAGAAGGGAAAGAUAGAAAACACUAAGACGAAAAUUCCAACAAAGGAAAAAAAGGAUAAUUCAUUAAUGCAGCUAGGUAGGAUGAGAUAUAUCAGUGUAUCGGAAUGGAAAGGUAAAUCAAUGGUGAAUAUAAGAGAAUAUUAUACAAAUGAUGCAGGGGAAAUGAAACCUGGGAAAAAAGGCAUAUCAUUAUCUUUGGAUCAAUGGACAAAAUUAAAAGACCAUAUACCUGACAUUGACGCACAAAUUAAAGAAUAAUAUAAACAUUGAAAUAUUUUUUGUAUAAAUUUUAAAGCAUUAAAUUGUUAUAAUUUAGAUAAAGUGAAAUUUAAACAAU